AUGAUUUAAAUCUAAAUACAAUUAAUAAUAAAUUGUUAAUUUAAAAUGCAUAAGUAAAAACUAUCAAUUAUGGCCCUUAAAAUUUUGUUGAUAGAAAUGUUGUAGGGUGCCAAACUAUAUAAAAAACGAUCGGUUUUAACUUUUUAACAAAUAAAAUAGAAUUUGAGUUAAGCACUUAAUAAAAUAUAUAAUAUAGCCUCUUUAAAGUUUAUGUAGAGUACCACUUGUUAGUUUUGCAGAAUAAUUAAGGAGGAUUUGUAAUUUAUGACUACAUAGAAUAAUAGAUAGUUUAUAGUGAAGAAAACAAAUACUAGCUGUCAUAAUUUGAAUUGA